CCGUUUUUAGUCGAUCCGUUUCUCGCUUUUCGAGUUGAUCUUCGGAUCAGAGUCUAAUGAAAGUGAGUUUAACAAAACAGCUACAGUGCACUUUCCAGCUGCAGUUAAUUUGCCGUAUCCAUUCUAAGUGAAGUGAUUCUUUCAUUGGAACAGACACAAAUUAGAACUAUCUUCUGACUAUAUUCCAGUUUGACAACGAAGUUGGUUUACCGCAAAACAGAGGAAAAAAAAACAAACCUCAACAUUCUUCGAAUGAUAACGAACUUUACAUGUAAAGGCAGUAGUUAUCAGAAGUGAAAUUGGAAAACGGGAAAAAAUGGCAAGCAGCAACGCGUUAUGCUGCUCAUGAUGGCUCAAAGAGCUGUUUGAUACGGUGCAGUGAAGAAAUAACCUUAUACCAAAGUGAUGGCCAAAGAUUCCGACAGCGCUCUGGAGCUGGGAAUCAUAGAUCUGCCCAAGCAAAACACAAGCAAACUCGUCAGUACUGGAACCGACGCUGCAAUCCGGGAUUCUUCAACUUCACUGAUGCGUAGCCAGAGUGUAACCGAAAUAGAUGGGGGCGGACGGCGAAGCCGCGGUCAACAAACCCAGUCGUACGAUAUCCACAAAGGGAUCGCCGAAAGUGCCAUGGAUAUUUCGCUGUUGACGGCUAACGCAAAUCAGCUGCGGCUGCUCAUCACCUACAAUGGCCGAUCGAAGACUUACAUUGCGUGCAUAACGCUGGUCAUCGUUUCCCUGGUGCUGCAGAUACUGGUGGCCAGUGGGGUGAUCAUAAUUAAGAGUCAACCAAAAUCACGAAGAAGCACUCCAAUAGAACGGUUAAAAAUAGCGACCUCAAUUGGAUUGACGAUCAUUACGGUUAUCAACAUUUUAGUGGCUUCGCUGGUAGUCACCCAGGCAGAACCGGAUUCCAAUAAAAAUUGAUAGUAAAUCAGUUGAAUAAGCUUAAUACUAUGCACUACAUUAAGAGGUAGGAUCAAGCAAAAACGAUAGUCUAGGAUAGAUAUUUUUAAGGAUGCACAAAGAAACUCAAUAAAGACCCCCGAAGCUUUACAACAUAAUAUAUUCCAGAAAUAGUUUUAUCGAAAAUUCCUAACUUCAGUUUCUGCAAUAGCUUAGGUUGGUUAAAAUAUUUACUUUUUUGCUUAAUCAGCGAAAAUACGGUAACUGAAAAGAAUUUAGAUCAUCUAAACUCAAAUCGAGCUCUUUUCAACAUCAGGUAUUCAGCUUUGAAAGAUGCUUCCGUGAGCGUUCAAAUUAACGUAUUU